UCUAAUUCAAUCCCACCUAUGCUUCAUUUCCAUAUGAAAAGCCUAAAGCAAUAUAGCAUCAUACUAUUCUUCUCCGCCACCGCCCUCAUCUCCUCCGCCCUGUGCUUCGCGGCUGAGUUCAAGAAAUCCAAGAAAAAUGAUCUCAGAUUCAACGAAAUGCUCUGCCAUCUUCCCCAGAGCUCCGUUUUCGGCCUCGGCAUCGCAGCCUUAAUCUCUCUCACCCUCUCUCAGAUCAUCGGAACCUUCUUCAUUUCCAGAAAACUCCAUUCAUCACACAAUAAAUCCACUGUGAAAAAAAGGCUUUCAUUUUCUUGCAUUUUGAUGGCUCUCUCUUGGAUGAGCUUUGUGGUUGCUGCUGUGUUGAUUGGUGGAGCCACAAGCAUGAGCCGAAGCCAGCCGUUUGGAGAGGGAUGGCUUGAUGGGGAAUGCUACUUGGUGAAGGAUGGAGUGUAUGUCGGCUCAGCGUUACUCGGCUUGGCGGCGCUCGGUUUGACUCUCGGCUCAGCCGCCAUCGAGAUGAGCCGAAGACAGGCUGAAGAAGAUAGGAAGGUUCAUGCACAAGUUGAUGAAUGUGUAGAAAUAUAUCAUUAAAUGUUGGAUGGUAAAUUCCGAAAAUCGACUAUCGAAACGAAUUCAAUUUUAUGGACUUUGAUUCGAUUUUGUAUAGUUUUUAGAAAUUUUUAUUCUAGAUUAUGAUUUAUGAAAUACUAAAAUAAGACUCCCCCGUCUA